AUGAAAGUUACCAUCAAGGAGUGGAACGCCGUCGCUACUUGGCGAUGGGAUAUUCCCGAAGACGACGUCUGCGGUAUAUGCCAGGUCCAUUUUGACGGCACGUGUCCUUCGUGCAAGUAUCCAGGCGAUGAUUGCACACUACUAUCAGGCAAAUGCGGACACAAUUUCCACAUGCACUGCAUCAUGGAGUGGAUUAAACAGGACACCUCACGAGGGCAGUGUCCCAUGUGCCGACAGCCAUUCGAAUGGAUCGAAAAGGAAAAUGAAGAACCGCCUCGCACAGACUAA